AUGGAAGAUGGUGCACUUGAGAAGUUGGCCAACAAUUCCAUGCCAUAUGUUGGAAUGGAAUUUGAUUCGGAGGAAGGUGCAUAUGAAUUCUACAAUGAAUAUGGAAGGAUUGUGGGAUUUAGUAUUAGAAGAGAUUACCAUACUAAAAGUAAGAAAGAUGGUAUCAUGAUUAAUAGGAAGUUUGUUUGUUGUAAAGAGGGAGAAAAGGAAAAAGAUAAACGGUACAUAACAGUAAAACAUCCUCAACAUGAGACAAGAACGAAAUGCAAUGCAUUCAUGUAUAUAUCUUUUAGACGGGACUUGUCAAAAUGGGUUCUGAUGAAGUGUGAUGAUAAUCACAACCACCUUUUGCAUAUUCCUCAAUGUACGCAUAUGAUGCCAUCUCAGAGAAAGUUGUGUGAUGCUCAGGGUAUAAAUGUCGAUGUAGCUGAUGAUACUGGUAUAUCACUUAAGGCAUCACAUGAUCUUAUUAGCGCUUUAGCAGGGCUGAAGGAAUUUGUAGGGUUUACACGAGAGGACCAAAAAACCUACUUGCGUGCAAAGAGGCAACGAAACUUGCAAUAUGGUGAAGCAGGAAGGUUGUUGAGAUAUUUUCAACAACAAGCCAUUGGAAAUCCAUAUUUUUACUUUGCAUUUCAAUUGGAUGUUGAUGAGAUGAUUACUAAUAUUUUUUGGGCUGAUCAUCAGAUGAUUACAGAUUUUGGCAUUUUCGGUGAUGUUGUGUCAUUUGACACAACAUUCCGAACAAACAAAGAGUACCGUCCACUUGCUUUAUUUACUGGCUUUAACCACUUUAGAAUGACUGUGAUUUUUGGUGCUGCAUUAUUAUAUGAUGAAACUACAGCAUCAUUUGAGUGGUUAUUUGAAACUUUCUUGCAUGCAAUGUCAGGAAAAAAGCCUGUUAGUUUUUUCACAGAUCAAGAUCAGGCAAUGGCUAAGGCAAUUUCUAAAAUCAUGCCCGAGGUAUUUCAUAGAUUGUGCACUUUUCACCUAAUGCAAAAUGUUUUGAAGCAUUUAGGCUACUUAUUCAAGGGUGGUUUAAAAUUUGGUUGCGAUUUCAAAACUUGCAUUUUUGGGCAUGAGGAUGAGCAUGAGUUGGUUGAAGCUUGGGAUUCUUUAAUUCAUAAAUAUAACUUGCAAGAGAACUUAUGGAUAAAGAAGACUUGGGAACUUAGAGAGAAGUGGGCGCAUGUGUAUAUGAAGUUGGUAUAUACUGCAAGAAUGCGAAGCACUCAACUUAGUGAAAGCUUGAAUACAGAAUUGAAGAGGCAUUUAAAAGUUGACCAUAACAUUGUUCAAUUUUUUACACACUUCAAUCGAGUUGUUAUGGAUAAGCGGUAUGAAGAAGUAAAAGCCAUAUACGAUUCGAGACAACGAUUGCCGAGAAUAAAAUUGAAAAUGUCUCCCAUGUUAAUUCAAGUUGCUAAGUUGUAUACCCCUCCUAUCUUCGGCUUAUUUCAUAAUGAGUUAGAUACAUCCCUUUGUUGUCAAGUGAAGCGAUGUCAUGCAUUAGGAAGAGAAGUAACAUAUGUGAUUGGCUUAUAUGGAGAGGAUAGAGAAUAUGUUGUGAAAUGUAAUAUGGAAGUUAAUGAGUCGGGAGGAGACAAUAUUUGUCAUGAAAUUCAUUGCACUUGUCAAAAAUUUGAGAGUUUUGGAAUUUUAUGUGGUCAUGCAAUUAAGGCGCUUGAUAGAAUGAAUAUUAUGGAAAUUCCUGAAAGGUAUAUAUUAGGUCGAUGGAGACUAAAUGCGAAGGAUUGUGCAAUUGAGGAAACAGUUACAGUGGUUGAGAAUGACCCUAAGUUGGUGAUAGCAGCACGCUACAGAGAUCUUUGUCCUAGAAUGGUCAAACUAGCAGCUCGAUCAUCUGAAUACAAACCUGCCUAUCAAUUAGUUGAUGAAACUCUUAAGGAUUUGUGUGCAAAGGUAGACAAUAUGAUGACUUCAUUAGACAGCUCAGGUGCUUCUGGUAGUGAUGGCAAUAUUGAAGUGGGCACCAAAGAAUUUGUAGUUGAUCCAAACUUUGCACGAGCUAAGGGCUUAAAAAAGAAAGAGGGCGGACAUAAGGGUGGGAGUAGAUUAAAACCUUGGCAUGAGAAGACUACUAAGAGAACAAAAGUUGUUUCGCAACCUACCCGCCUUACUCAGAGUAUUGGACAGUCAAGCGACACUAGAAAUAUUCAAAAUUCAUCUUCAAACCACAUACCGGAUGUUGACGUACCCUAUUGGCCACAAUUAAUGAAUUCCGGAUAUAAUCUCCUCAUGCAUGAUGUUAAUUUUGCAUGCCCGCCAACUAAUCCACAAUCAACGCCUUUGUCUUCCCAAGCAUCGCACAAUCCACAAAGUUCUCAGAUGUGUAAUAUACUUGGAUUAGGAUUUGAUCUAGCAGAGCACAGUCCCAUGGUGGAUGAGUCAGUCUUUCAGCAUCAAAUUGUGUAUAUUGGACAUGGAUUCAAGGUUUAUUUGAGGAGAAAUAAUUGUUAUUGGUGCUAUGAAACUGCACUUUCUGAAAAUUGUUAUCUAACAAAUUGUAGCAUUGUUGAGAAAAACUGA